CAGAACCGUGGACGAAAUAGUUGGCGUCAUUGAGCCGCCAGCAAACAGCUGAAGCCCGCGAUUCUAAGGAUUCUCAUCUCAUCAUCUCAUAUUCAUCAAAUCCACUGCGUUAAAAAAAAUUCAAGCCAUCAACCAUACCCAUAUGUAAUGCUCACUGCCAUAAAACACAUCAUCCGCCGUCUGUAGCUUCAUCCCGCAGCGAUGCCCUCAACGCCAUGGAUCUUCAUCUGCCCCUCCAGCAGAGGCAUCGGCAAUGCCCUCACUCGCCACGUCCUGCGCCGCACGGCCCGAUUGUCUACGGCCAUUCCGGUUCUUGCAACUACGCGGCAUGCUGAUCCGGCGGUGGCCAAGGCCGCGCUUCUCAGGGAUGUGUUUUCCACUCCGUCGUCUCCAUCGUCGUUUUAUUCGUCAUCGGCGUCUUCAUCGUCACUGUUAGACGGACAGCAGCAGCAGCAACAGGAACAGCAACAAAAAGAUGAGCUCUCAAAACGCCUCUUUGUCGUGCGCUGCGACGUCACAGACGAAUCCACCAUCGAAUCUGCCGCCCAAAAGGCACACAAUCUGUUCCCCAAGGACUCGCACCACCUGCACCUCGCCUGCGUACUGCCAGGCGUGCUCCUCAACCCGGAGAAGUCGCCGGCGCAGGUCGACGCGGACGCGGCUCUGCAGUCGUUCCGGGUGAAUGCCGUGGGCCAGCUGCUGGUGGCGAAGCAUUUCUUUGGAUUCCUGCCCAGAAGGGCCACUGCCAUGUCGCCGCCGGGAUACGAGUACGACGACGAAGACGUCGACGAGGAGGACGACUAUGGGGACGAAGACGAGGACGAGGCGGAGGAAGAGGCCGUGCUGAAGCUACCCCAGCACGCUACUUGGCUCAACAUGUCGGCGAGGGUGGGAUCCACGACGGAUAAUCGGUCCGGCGGCUGGUUCUCGUACCGCGCGAGCAAGGCGGCUGUGAAUAGCAUCACCAAGAGCCUGGACAUUCAGCUGCGCGCCAGGGCGGGCGGCAAUGCCAUUGCGGUGGCGUAUCACCCUGGCACGGUCAAGACGGAGCUGAGCAAAGACUACUGGGGAGGCGUGCCCAAGGAGAAGUUAUUCAGCACUGAGUAUGCGGCCGAGAGGCUCAUGGACGUGGUGUGUGGGCUGGGGGUGGAGGACAGAGGCCGAUGUUGGAAUUGGAAAGGGACUGAAAUUCCUCCUUGAAAUUCAUCGGCAUAAAUGACACACACACACUCUCUCCUCCUCUCUUACAAGCACAUAUGAAAAUAGGCAUAUAGGAACACAGGCACAACAUUGAAAUUAAAACGUCUUU